AUGUACAUGAUUGAAAAUAAAGCAACGUAUCGAGAUGUGAACGCGGGAGGCCGGAGUAAAUGCAGGAUCGGCUUGCCUCCGGUGACCGGCCCCGCCAUCCGCUCAUUGCUCGAACGUCGAGGCGGCAGUGAAUAUUUGUACGUCGUGGUGACAGGUGGCACGUCACACCCUCAUCUUGAGGCGGCCCAAGCUAGAAAAAUGAUGGAUUGUCUGUGCCCUGCGCCGCGAACUCUGGCUUGUCGCGUUGUUUUUCUCGACGAAAGAGAAUUACUUCAUGAAAUGCAGGACAAUAGUACGGGCCAAGCGUUGUUGGAUGUUGUCUUUAGACAUCUCGACCUUUUGGAGACGGCUUAUUUCGGACUUCGCUACGUUGACCAAGAUAACCAAACACACUGGCUGGAUGCUGGAAAACGACUUCGGCGUCAACUGCGUGGGUCGGAUACUCACACUUUCUACUUCGGAGUCAAGUUCUAUGCAACGGAUCCAUGCAAACUCUUAGAGGAGAUAACGAGGUACCAGUUGUUUCUGCAACUAAAGCAAGAUGUUCUGCGUGGCCGGCUGCCUGUCAAUUUUGACCUCGCGGCUGAGCUUGCAGCCUAUGUCUUGCAAUCUGAACUAGGAGAUUAUGAGCCAAGAAGACAUGGUCCAGGGUAUGUUUCCGAGUUCCGAUUCUUAGCGCAUCAAACCCCUGAACUUGAAGGACGAGCUGCCGACAUACAUAGGACACUGAAUGGUAUUUCCCCCGCGCAGGCUGAACUAAGCUAUUUGGACAAAGUGAAAUGGCUAGACAUGUACGGUGUUGAUCUCCACCCUGUCUUGGGCGAAGACAGCGUGGAGUACUUUUUGGGACUGGCGCCAAGUGGCCUGUUGCUUCUACGAGGAAAGCAUACAGUUGCCACUUAUUAUUGGCCGCGAGUUUCCAAACUUUACUACAAAGGACGAUACUUUAUGAUACGCGUCGCUGACAAAAACAAUGACACAUCUACCUACGGUUUCGAAUCUCCCACGAGAGCAGCAUGCAGGCACUUAUGGCGUUGUUGUUCUGAUCACCAUAACUUCUUCCGCCUUCAACAAUCGUCGCCGGCAUCCGCGGAUAUAUUCACAUUGGGAUCUAGAUUGAGAAAUAGUAGCGGGCGCGGAGCUCGGCCCCGACCACCGCCUAACUUCACGCGGACUCCCUCCAGGCGAUACAUACGGCAUGCUUCAUAUACAUCUCUACAUGACAUUCCAAAGUUAGAAGACUUAAGAAUAAAAGAUUGCCCCCCUGAAAUGAAACAACCUACCUCAGUGCAUCGUCCCAACUCCAUCAACGGCGAAGCAAACUGUGAACCCAUACAUACAACGGGUGGAUCGCCGCGAUCAACGCGGUCAGCACCGGCGCGUCGUGGUUUAUAUUCCGCUUCGCCAACAGCCCACAGACCACCGCCUGCACCCAGACACAGAUCUGCGUCCGUUGAUUCGCAGAGCUCGAAUGAUUCCAGGUCUAAUCGGAAACACAGACAUAGAUCGCGGCGUCAGCAAUCAGACGCGGAAAGUGAAUUGUCGCGCGGCUCCGGCCGGUCCGGGCGAAAACAUCGACGUCACCGGUCACGUCAUAAGCACGACUCAGCUUCAGAGAGGGAUGAACCACAACCUGAAUCCAAAGGGUACGAGCUAGUCGACUCGGAAUCACAAUGGAAGGAAGUAUUAAGACAGACGGCGGGUGCUGGAGUGCAAGUUGCGAACGUCCGUCGUUCACAAAUGGAGCCGGAAAUCGGAACGCAUCGAUCAUCGCACAGACCACGAAGACACAGGAAACAUCGAUCACGGUCCGGUUCGCCAACCGAAAAAAAAUGGCUGCCGACUGAGUUGAAACAGCACUUAGAGUUUUCCCUUGUGGAUACUACGGGUAUGACUGAAGAGCAGUUAAAAGAGAUACCGUACACAGUUGUUCAGACCAGCCACGCUCGUCACACUAAACUUCGGACUACCUCUAAGCAUAAGCAGAAUGAGCACGGAUCUCUGUCAAGGCGAGAGAAGGGUCACAAAAGUGAUCACGACAAUCACAAUCAAGGCUCACUCAGAUCGGUCUCGAGCACUCUCAGCGCGCAUAGGACUAACGAGAAACAUGGAAGGCGGAUUUAUCCUUGCUACGAUGACCCAGCGCUUCGUUCAGGCAACGAUUUCCUCUCAAACAAUGGGUACAAGGGCUCAGUGACUACACCAGUAAAUAACAACCCUUAUAGUCCAGUCACAAACAGUAAUAGCAAUAGUUCAAGCGGGGAAUUGAUUGGGAGCGCGCGAGUCUCGCACGAGCACACGGACUCUGGAUUGGGAGCUGAUCAGGACUACGCAUAUUCUUCCGAAAGGUCUUCAGACAGCGCGAAAUGCGGCGCGGGCGCUUCCCUGGCUCCUGUGAGUAGGGCGUGGGUUGGCGAGGGGGUGGGGGUGUGGCGGCGUCCACCGGCUGCGCCCCGAAGGGUUUCAGGCUCCCAGCGCUCACUUGUCUCCGUGGCGAGUGAUAGCGCAGCCACUAGGAGACAUACGCCUGUACACCCCCACCCUGGCUUCUCUCUCUUCAAACACGCUAGCAACAACAACAUAGGCGACAGCGCUUCCUUGGCGAGACGUUAUAUGCGGCCUUCGCGCGAAUCUCGCGACUGCAACGCGAAUUUGCCCCGGACCCACGCCAGGCAUAUACGACACGACAACACCCUCGACAUAAUACUUAAACCCCUUAUUGAAAGCACACAGUAA